GUACAUUUAAAAUGUCAAACUUUAAUGAUGAUCUAUCAAAAAUGCUGCCUAAAUCAUUUGGCCAACAAUCUAAUAAAACUAGUUCAACUCCAACUAAAAAAGCCUCUUCAGAAACAGAUUGGGAUGCUUUACGUGCAUUUAUGCCCACUUCUUUUGGAAAACAAGAGAAGAAAAAAGAUAUGAGUUUUGAAUUUGAAAAGACAAAAAGAGAAGACAUUACUAGUGGCAAUCAUAAAAAAAUACCUACAGAAACUAAACAAAUCGAAGUAAAGUCAACAAAAGAAGAUAAAACGGACAGUGAUUCCGAUCAUGACAGUAGUGAUGACGAUGCUGAUGACAACGAUGAUAGCUUUAUUUCAUCUUCUAUUCUUCCAAUCACACAUGAAGUUAAAUUAAAUGACCAUCAACGUACUGUAUCAGCACUUACUCUCGAUCCUUCUGGUACACGAUUAGUAACAGGAAGUUAUGAUUAUGACGUUAAAUUUUGGGAUUUUUCCGGUAUGGAUCGUUCUUUUAAACCUUUUCGUACAAUACAACCCUGUGGAGAUCACCAAAUCCAUCAACUUCAAUAUUCUUUAACAGGUGAUUCCAUCUUGGUCAUUUCUGGUAGUGCACGUGCAAAGAUAUAUAGUCGUGAUGGUAACGAAAUUACUGAAUUUGCAAAAGGAGAUCCUUAUAUUCGUGAUCUUAGACAUACAGAUGGUCAUGUUGGUGCUCUUACAAGCGGUUGUUGGCAUCCUAAUGAUAAACAAACUUUUGCAACUUCAUCCCAAGAUGGUACCAUUCGAGAAUGGGAUAUUGAACGUAAAAGGAAGCAAAAAAUGACGAUUGUUUACAAGUCACGUGAAAGAGGCGGUAGAUCUUCUUGUACUGCUUUAGCUUACAGUCAUCAUGCUAAAUAUUUAGCUGGUGCUUACCAAGAUGGUUCACUUCAAGUUUGGAAUUCAACAGGAAAUCAACUUCGACCUGCAAUUGCUAUUCCAGAUGCUCAUCAGAAGGGAACAGAAACAUCUUCCAUCCUAUUUUCAAGAGAUAAUAACACAAUGGUAACAAGAGGUGGUGAUGAUACUGUUAAAUUGUGGGAUCUUAGAAAUGCAAAGAAGCCUGUCAAGACAGCAUACAAUUUAGAUAUAGUAAAUCCUGAAGUAAAUGUCAUUUUUAGUCCCGAUGAAAAGUUAAUUUUAACGGGUACAGCAUGUCCUAAAGGGAAAGGUCAUGGUCAGCUAGUCAUGCUAGAUAGAGAAACACUUGAGGUACAGGAAGCAAUAAAUGUAUCACAGUCUAGUGUUGUUAAGGUCUUAUGGCAUCCUCGUAUCAAUCAAAUUAUUACAGGAAGUGCUGACGGUAUUGUUACCGUAUUCUAUAGUCCUACACAUUCCAGUCGUGGUGCUAAAUUAGCUCUCAUGAAAGCACCAAAGACACGCGCAGUAGAUGAUUAUGAAAUCAAUCGACCUAUUAUUACUCCUCAUGCAUUACCUAUGUUUAAGGAUGAUGAGCCUAGAACAUCUAAAAGGAAAAGAGAUAAAUUACGUAAAGAUCCUAUUGCAUCUCAUAGACCUGAUCUACCUGUUACUGGUCAUGGUAAGGGCGGUCGAUUAAAUGUAAAUCAACAACAAGCUGUUAUCAAAUCAUUUACAAAGGAUACAACAAGAGAUGAGGAUCCUCGUGAAGCUCUUCUUAAAUAUGCUGAUAUUGCAGAUAGUGAUCCUAUUUGGGUUAAUAACAUAUAUCAAAAGACUCAACCAAAGCCUAUAUUUCGAGAAUCUGAUGAUGAAGAAGAACAAGUGAUAAAGAAGAAGAAAUAAGCUUUUAUAUUAUAUAAUCAACUUGUCUCUUCUCCCUCUCUUUUUU